AUGCUGAACCCAAAAGACUUGAGAAUGUCCCUCCGACGGGAAAAGAAGCAAGUUAAUUUUGACUCGACUGCCCAGCCUCAGAGCCGCCCGUCAGCCAUGUUCGAAGCAGCCGCAGCCUGGAUCAAGACCGGUGAAGUGUCCUCCGUCCGGGAGAGCUUGAAAAAUAGAUCUUUGAUGUGCGAGGAGCGAGACGAGAACGGCCAAACCUUGCUCCUGCUCGCUGCGCAGGCUGGGCAAGCUUCUCUAUGUGGGGACUUCCUUCGCCAUGGCUGGGAUCCGAACGCCGAAGACUGCGAUGGUUGGACCGCACUCCACAACGCGGCAAAGGAGGGAUUCUACGAUGUGCUCGUCCUCCUCAUAACUCAGGGAGCUUCGAUCGAAUGCAGAGAUGGGACCGGCUGGACCCCGCUGAUGUGGGCAUGUUAUCGAGGGCAUUUGAGAAUAGCCCGAUUCCUGCUCGAGAACGGGGCCUUCACGAAUGUACACGACGCAUAUCAUAUGUCACCUCUAAUAUGGGCUUCCGGAAGGGGGUAUCUGGAAAUCGUCGACACCCUGCUAAGACACAACGCCAAAGUGAACGCGGGCGAUAAGUUCGGUUCAACGCCCCUGAUCUGGGCGGCUCGUCGCGGAUUCUCAGCGAUCGUCGAAAAACUUCUCGAAGCAGGAGCCAAUGUGGAUACCGCAGGCAUGUUCUCCUGGACCGCCUUGAUCGUCGCCGUUAAAGGCAAUUACAUAGACAUCGUUACACAGCUGCUCGAACAUAAACCGAACAUUAAUGCUGUGAACGUAGACGGAUACACAGCGCUUGCGAUCUGCUGUAAAGAAGGCUUCACCGAGAUAGCCACCCGUCUGAUCUCGGCGGGCGCUUAUGUGAAUAUGCUGGACAAAGGAGGUGACACAAAUCUGAUACACGCUGCCAAGGUCGGUAACUUGUCAGUCGUGGAGGUUUUGCUGAAACGACACGCAGACAUCGACAUUCAGGGAUCCGAUAAGAAAACCGCUCUAUACUGGGCCGUUGAGAAAGGUCACUCAGAUGUGGUCAGGAGUCUUCUCAAUCAAAACCCCAACCUAGAGCUGGCAACGAAGGAUGGGGAUACGCCAUUGAUGCGAGCUACGAGGAAUCGGAAUCUGGAGCUGGUCACCAUGCUCAUCGACCGCAAAACUCCAGCAAAAGUCAGCGCGUGUGACAAGAGAGGAGACACGGCGUUGCACAUUGCGAUGCGUGCCCGAUCGAAAGCAAUAUGCGAAGUCUUGCUCCGUAAUCCGAAGAACGGAUAUCUAUUGUAUCGUCCAAACAAGGCCGGCGAGACACCUUACAAUAUCGAUUCCGCACAGCAAAAGAGUAUUCUACAGCAAAUCUUCGGGGCACGCAGAUUGAAUACCCAAGCAGAAAAUGAGAAUAUGCUCGGAUACGAUCUCUACAGCAGCUCUUUAGCCGAUAUUUUGAGUGAACCUUCCCUGACUGUGCCUAUCACGGUAGGAUUAUACGCACGCUGGGGGUCGGGGAAGAGUUUUCUCCUGAAUAAGUUAGAGAACGAGCUGCGAUCGUACGAAUUCCAAUGGUUGGAGCCAGGCCUGAAAUACACCUGGGUUCUCUUCAUCACCGUAUGCUUUUAUUCAGUAAUAUUGGGAUACACGCUGGGUUUGGCAACACAAAUGUGGCUGAUGGCGACAGCCGUCGUAUUAUCUUCAAUCGUUCUUUCAUAUAGCGGUUUCUAUCUGAUCCGCUAUGGAAGCCGCUACUACGAUUGGGAUUGGGCGCUAGAUGCUGGAACUCGGCUCGAUGAGCUCCUCUCGGACCUCAAAUGCCUCCUCCAAGUUAUCUUCUGUCAUCCGAGUAACCACAAGACCAAGGAUGGCUCCACGCCCGUCAGGUUCAUAUUCAGCAGCAAGACGAAGGUCAGCAGUACUGGCGAUGGCGGCACCAGUAUCGCAUGUCUGCUUGUUUCCAUCUAUCAAGCACUCGAAGAUGAAUUCGGAUUCUUCACGACACGAUUCUAUCGCGCCUUGCGGCCGAGACAAACUUCCUCGCCCUCGUGGGUGUUUCGCCGUGUGUGCUGCGUGCCUCAUUGGAGUGUCUGUGUUCUUACGAUAAUAUCUAUAAUGACCACGAUCGAAUUGAUAGUUCCGUCGAGCGCCCAAAAAUUAAAUCCCGACAUUCUCUAUGCCUUGAUCAUGACUUUCGCCACGGUUGUGGGCGUGGUAUUAAUCGCGAGCUUGAAUACUUGGGUGAAGUUGACAACUUCCCUAAUACUUCCCUAUGAAAGGAACAUCCACAGGCAUGCGGCGCGUAUUGAGAAGACAGCGCACGGUGGGCUCUCAGAGACGCUCAAAUCUGAAGUGAAAGUUCUCUGUGAUAUGAUCCAUUGCAUGGAUUCCUUCACGCGCAAACAGACGCGGCUGGUGAUAAUUGUUGAUGGCCUGGAUUCAUGCGAACAGACAAAAGUUCUGAGCGUGCUGGACGCCGUAAAUGUAAUGUUGUCGGAUCCGGGCAUGCCAUUCGUCAUUGUAUUGGCGGUAGACCCUCAUAUUGUUAUAAGAGCGAUCGAGUCCAACGUCAGUAGAUCCUUGAGGAGCCUCUCUCUGAGGGGAUACGAUUACCUGCAGAAUAUUGUCCAUCUUCCGUUUUUCCUCCAGAACUCGGGUUUGCGCAAGGUGAAAGCGGCGGCCCGAGUCGCCCAAUCUGGUAAACUGACUAGGGACCGCGAAGAAUGGAGUGAAAAGGAGGGACUGACUUCGCGAAGAGUUAGCAAUUGCAGUGCCUUAGAAGUCAAGGCCAAGCGGGCAUCCUCUAAAGGAAAUCAAAAACUUAGGUCGAGCGAGAGUAUUGCUAGCAGCAUUGGAAACAUACAUCAAAGAUCAGCGUUAAGCGGCGGCGUGGAUCUCACCAAGGUUCUGCUCAACGAUGAUUACUUCAGCGAUAUAAAUCCGAGAUCAAUGCGUCGCUUGAUGAAUAUCCUCUACGUGACCGGACGUCUCAUGAGGGCUUUCAACAUCGACUUCAGCUGGUAUCAUCUCGCUCUCUGGGUGAACUUGACAGAACAGUGGCCUUGUCAAACGUCAUGGUUGAUACACUACUAUGAAACGCACGAGACAGAAAUCGAGGACUCGUCACCUUUACGAAGCCUUUUCGAAAGGAUUCGAAAUCUCAUGCCAGCGUCGAAAGAGUUGGAACAGCUCCAGACGAUGGAUCACGAUGUGAAAAAACUCGAAUUGUGCCUCUCUUCGAACUCUCACGCAUUGCAGAUAGGCAAUCUCCGGAUGUUCAUCCCUUUCGCAAUCAACUUGGAUCCGCAUAUCAGGAGAGUCCUCCAGGAUUCCUAUGAUUCGCAAUUAGAGCAGAGCCUACAACAGGGGAUCACAGCGACUAGCAUCUCAAAAAACAGUCGCACACAGCAGUCCGCGGAUCAACGCCUCAUCGCACAACAAGCUGUCGGAGGUUUUCUGCAACCCAAUCCCCCACCUUUUGGAAUAUCGCAGUUGACACGCAGUGAUCCGAUGCCCUUGAAUCAAUACGCUCCGAUGAUGAAUUCUGACUUCACUCAUGCAGUUCUGAGACAGAGUGGUUUCUCGAUACCCGCUGAACGUCUGACCACCAUCACGGUUGACGGCGUGAGGAGUAUGUUGUCCGAAAUGGAGGGCAUAAGUAGGGUAAAGAAACCGCAAUACCAGAAGUCGAUAAAGGAUCACAACAUCAACGGUCUGGUGCUCUACGGAUGUGAUCUACAAGAGCUCAAGGCCGUUCUCGGCAUGACUUUCGGUGAUUGGGAGAUAUUCAAGAUGCAUAUCGUCCAGAUGCGUAAUUUCGAAAUGGAACUUGCAUUGGAGAUGAUGAGGGGGCCUGGUAAUCGGAAUCAUCAGCCAAGCGAAGACGUGAAACACCAAGCGAGGCCAGAAGACAAAUCCGCAACGGAAAGAGAAUCAUCGAAGAGUCGGAAAUCUCAGACGUCCGCAAUGAAGCCGAAUACUACUUCGCUAGAGAAACAAGUCACGAUGGAGGAGAACAUGAUUAUUGGGGCUUUGGAAACCUUGAAUGAAGAAACUUUCGAAGACGGGAACCAACCAUGCGUGAGAGAGAUGGGCUCUGUCGCUACUAGCUUAUCUCCGAUCUUGUCCGAUGCCGUCGAGUCACCGCAUUCCACGGAUUCCACAAGCUCUGAUAUGUGUCUGACGCCCUGCACUCAACACACCGCAGCAUCUGCAGCAGCCCAUCGGCCCUUCCCGAUUGAUUUAGAUGAUGGACAGAGUGCAGAGGUCGAUUGCGUUUACAUCAGGAAUACAGGAAACAGUCGCUACAGUUUGAGUCCUUUGUGUACAUCCGUUCCGGAUGUUGAAUGGGCUCCAACACCCAGAAUCGCUUCUGGAAUAACGACGGCCACUACCUUCCACCCGCCUGCUACUCUCACUCUAGUUCCGAAUCCGCUUUGCAACGUCCAGGUUUCCGCACCACCUAGCAUUGUCUCCAGUCCGUCGCCAGGACAGGGUGGUGGAUUCAACGGCGCUCGAAGUUCAAGGGGCAAGAUUAUAGAUUUUGACCCUUCGAUCGGACCCGAGCGUCCUACCUACUCAGUUUCUGGAGCGACGUCUCCCGUCACGAAAAUUGAAGGGGACGCUCAUGAAGAAGAAGAGCGGCCUCAUCUCGAGGGAAUGUUCGUGGCGCCGCUAGAGUUGCCUACUAAGGAGUCCCAGGUCGGAAAACAAUCUGCGGAAUAUAGAAGACAACUCUUCGGUCGCCAGUCUCCGGUGAAAGACGAGGACAGAGCUUCUUGUGAUUAG